AGUCAGAACUCAUUAACGCGUUGCUCAGUGCGGAGGUCUGGUCUCGAGUUCCUCGGCUCUGCCUCUGCUGGGAGGGAGUAUGAGGCUCGGCACAUGGCGCGGCGCUGGAAGGCAGUGGUUGCUGUCCUGCGCCGGGACCGGACGCAGGCAGCUGUCGUCCUCCGAUCUCCCUCCUCCCGACGUCGCUGAGCUGCUGGCGGCUGACGGUCAGAGCCGGCCAGACCGUGUUGAGAAACGCCGCCCUCGCCAGAGCUCGCUGCUACUCUUCCCCGGCCAAGGCAGCCAGUUCGCGGGGAUGGGCGAAGGUCUGGAGAGGUAUCAAAGCGUGAGGCAGAUGUUUGAGGUCGCCCACAAGAUCCUGGGCUAUGACCUACUGUCAUUGUGCGUGAACGGACCGCAGGAAGAGUUAAAUAAAACUGUUUAUUGUCAGCCCGCCGUGUUUGUUACAUCCUUGGCGGCGGUGGAAAGACUCAAUUAUGAAAAUCCUGAAGCAGUUGAGAAAUGUGUUGGAGCUGCGGGCUUCAGUGUCGGAGAGUUUGCUGCUCUGGUUUUUGCAGGAGCACUGGACUUUGCUGAAGCUCUUUACGCAGUGAAGGUACGGGCAGAGGCCAUGCAGGAGGCAUCGGACUCCAUUCCCAGUGGCAUGCUGUCUGUUGUGGGACGAGCCAGUGCUAGUUAUAACAACGCCUGCUUGGAAGCUCGAGAACAUUGUGAGUCUUUGGGAUUGAAAAAGCCUGUGUGUGAAGUGGCUAGCUACCUCUUUCCCAAUGGACGUGUGCUUGCUGGACAUUUACAGGCUCUUGAAUUUUUGAAGAAGAAUUCCCGGAAGUUUCACUUCCUCCGCACCAAACUGCUGCCGGUCAGUGGCGCCUUUCACACAAGUCUCAUGUCAUCAGCACUUCAGCCACUGCAGGAGGUCCUGACGGGAAUCCAUUUGGAGAAACCUCUGAUAUCUGUCUAUUCCAAUGUGGAUGGCAAAAAGUACAUGCACAGUAAACACAUCCAGCAGCAACUGGUGAAACAGCUGGUUUCACCUGUGAAAUGGGAACAGACCAUGCAUGCCAUGUAUGAACGGAAACAGGGCACUGAUUUUCCUGACACGUUUGAGGUAGGUCCAGGUAAUCAGCUUGGUGCCGUGUUGAAAAGCUGCAAUCUGAAGGCGUGGCAUUUCUACAGACAUAUAGAUGUGAAAAUAAAGGAUCUAGAUGAAGAAGAAUGAUUUUUGUUGUUCCUGUGCAGAGGGACUGUUGAAACAACAAUUAUCGCCAUUUUUGAUAGGUCUGUUUUUAAUGCUAUUAGGAAAGAAGAAACUUACAUGACUUGUGGAAAUUCUUCUUUUAUUAAAGUCAAUAUUCAGAAUACCUAUACUGAUUUUUGAGUUGUAAAUUGUUCUGAAGGUUGUGUACAGAAGUCGAACUUAUAGGAGCAGAAUUAGUCCAUUCAGCCCAUCGAGUCUGCUACAACAUUCUAUCAUGGCUGAUCUCAGAUCCUACUCAACCCCAUACACCAUAAAAGGUGACUGAUAGGAUAUAACAUCUCCCAACAGUCCAAAUAAAAACCAAGAAAAUGCCAGACAGAUACUCUAAUUUUGGAAACUUUUUUUUUAUAUAUGCAGAUUACACAGUUAUGUUUCUUUAAUCAUAAAAGUAAUAAUGUUUUGA